UUUGUAAACAUUAGAAAUGGCGCAAGGAGGUUCGACUUCUUACGACAAUUUAGACGAUGUGUCAUGUCCCAUAUGCCUAGAAAUAUACGAAAAACCGUACAGGAUAUGUUGUGGUCACGUGUUGUGUUCCCAUUGCCUAGAGCAAUAUAUGGCACUAGCAGAACCACAUUGUCCAGUUUGCAGAUGCAUAUUCAACCCACAGAAACGGAAGAAAGAUUCAACCCUCAUUAAAUUGAUCGCAUCUCAAAAGGGCACUUGUAAAGGAUGCAAUAAAAAGACCUAUCUUAACAAGCUGAGAUCUCACAUGGCAGGCUGCAAUAAACUGCUGUCCACAGCUGCUGCAACAAAGUUCAAACCUGUUGCAGACACCUCCCAGCCAGCACCAAGAGAUGUACCAAAUAGACAGACUUUCCAAUGCCCAUAUUGUGGCCAAAGGAACUUUGACACAAACGGAUUGAAAAUCCAUGUUAAUGAGAAUCACCAGUCAAGCAAGGCACAAGUAGUGUGUCCUAUAUGUUCAUCUAUGCCAUGGGGGGACAGCAAUCAAAGGAGUGGCAAUUUUAUCCAACAUCUCAACCUGCGACAUAAGUUUGAAUAUGAUACAUAUGUGGAUUUUAGUAUUGAUGAUGAUACAAUGUUACAAGCUGCACUCAAGGCAUCAUUAGAAUCUCAGUGACUGACAGUGGGACAUUGAAGUAAUUAUGCUGAUGUAGCAAUUUCAACAUUGACGAAACAAUGCAGCUAGAAGUACAUUUACAUGUAACAAUGUGGAUAUAGGAACAUUGUCUAACAGUUUGGAUACAGGACGUUUAACAUCAAUGUUACAAAAUGAAUACAGAUUCAUUGCAUACUGAAGCAUACUGUAGACUUUAAAAAUGAGUCUCAAGAACAUUGACAUAUAAUAUGAUUCAAUAGUAUUUGAAGCUUCAAAGCAAACUUAAGUACUUCAGUACUUAGAACUUAAGUACUGAACAGCAGCAUAACACUAACUGUUAUUAUUCACUGUUUUAUGUUGCUAAAAUCAGUGCAAAUAAGUGCAGAAAUUGGAAACUCAGAAAUGGAUAAGAUGAGACAUGAAAUGUCUUUUUGUAAUUGUUGUAUUUGCCUAUCAUCCAGGAUAUCUUUGUAACACUUGAUUUAUCAACUAUCUAAGCCAAUCAAAUAAGCAUUUGCUUUAUAGCUUUGAAAUCUCGAAGUCUCAUUAUAAUGAGGUUUUAAGUGAUUUGCAUAUUAAGCCACCAAGGACUACAUAUUUUCUUAAAUUCCAUAACAUACAUGUAUUUGAAUUCUGUGUAAAACUUUGAUUUGCAGUAUGGUUAUUUAUAUUAUUCAAUGUCUAAGAAUUUUCAACUUUUCAGAAAAAGAUCAGUCCUUAUUGACAGAAUGUUAAAAAAUCUUCAAAAGAUAAUUUUUAGGUUAAGCCCCGAUCCACAUGUCAACAAUAUCACCUUGUUGUAUGCCAAUGGAGUUUUACACUAUAGUCCAUUAAUACUCAAUAAAACAAAAAAUUAUAAGCAACUUUCAGUUUUUGCAAUUGUCAAUGAUAGUAUUUAGGCUUUCCAAUGCUUAAUGUUACAUAUCGUGUCAUACCU